AUGGCUCCCAAACGCCCCCCAUCCGCCGGUCCCUCCCAACCCAAACGAACCCGCUUCGCGGCCGCUCCCGCCAUAUCCUCUCCCUCCUUAUCGGCAGACGAGUCUGCCUCGCUCCUCGAAGCCGACCUUCCCGAAGGCGGUCAGCGGGCAAAGCAACGCUCGCGCCGUCAACUAAAAGAUAAAGACGGGUACGGCUCGGACUCUUCCAACGAGGACGGAGAAGGGGUCGUACCCAGCAGGAAUAAGCCGGAGGUGGCGGAGGAUGAGGACAUGGAUAUGUUUGGGGAGGAUGUGGAUGCUCCCAAAGAAGUGGACAAGAAGGGGAAGGGGAAGGAGAAGGAGUUUAUGGAGCUCAACGAAAUUGAGGGGCAGGAAUUCGAGGUCACUGGGGAGGACGGGAUGGGGGAUGAUGACGAGGAUGAGGAGGAGAUACAUACGCAAAGGAGAAAAGCGGGAUUGGACGGAGAUAUGGGGUUCGAACUUACCGGUUUCAACAUGAAGGCGGAGAUGGAAGAAGGGAAGUUUACGGCGGAUGGAGAGUCUUACCUCGUCAACGAUAAAGAUGAGGGGGAGAAGCAUGAUGUUUGGUUGGAUGCGGUGGAUGAUGAGGAGAUCAAGAAGGCGAGGAGAGCACACAAGGAGCGGGAGAGGGUGGAGGAAGAGAGACAAGCCAAGGAGGAUGGGGAAGGGCGGAAGGAGGAGGAGAGGGCGCUGAUGAGGGAGGCAGUGGGGUGGAUGGAAAGGGGGGAGACGGUGUUGGAGUGUAUGGAGAGGCUGGGGAGGGAGGCGGAGGAGAAGAGGAGAAAGGAGGAAGUAGGGGAGGGAGGGAAAAAGAAGAGCUGGGCAGAGAAGCAAAAGGAGAGGAAGGCUGCUGCUGCUGCUGGAGUUAAAGAUCAAGCGACACCUUUCGCCCGGUUCUCGGAGAUCGUCUCUGCCCUUACGACGAUAGGCCACCUGGACGUCUACUCGCUGUCGAAAGAAGCAAUGCAGCGGAUGCUCCCUGCCGAUCCUGCUUCCGCCCAACAGUCAGCUCCGCCACCAGCAAGAGAUACGAGGGCGUUCCAGUAUCGAUUCAGUAUGGCAUAUGUGCGCGCGUUGCCGGAGGCGCAACGACCUGUCGAGAGGGAGGUGUUUGGCCCAUUUGCAGCCGAACAACUGCGGCAGUGGAGGAAUACGGGCUUCUUUGGCGGACCAGCGUGCGAGAAUGUGGAACUGAGGGUUGUAAAGCCAGAUGGGAGCGCGGGUGGUUGGGGAUCUUGGGAGAGUGUAGUCACACCGGUGUAG